UCAACAUGGGCUCCUUCUUUGAUGCCACCACCGACAUCACCGGCGACGAGCAAGCAGGCAUGCAUGCCAUGCAACUCGUGACCUCCUACGUAGUCCCCAUGACCUUGAAAGCAGCCAUUGAGCUCAACCUCUUCAACAUCAUCUCCACUUCCCCCACCCCUCUUUCCGCCACCGAGAUCACCUCCCUCCUCCCUUCCUCCACCCCUUCAACCCCACUCAUGCUUGACCGCAUCCUCCGCCUCCUCUCCAGCCACUCCAUCCUCACUUGCUCCCUCUCCACCGACGAUCCCAUCUCCGGCGCCAUCACCCGCCGUUACAGCCCUUCCCCAGUUGUCAAAUUCCUUGUCCAAAACAAAGAUGGUGUUUCUUUAUCCCCUUUUGGUCUGUUACUUGAUAAGGUCCUAAUAGAACCCUCGUACUAUCUUAAGGACGCUGUCCUUAAUGGAGGGGACCCCUUCAACAUGGCUCAUGGCAUGACUUCGUUUGAAUACCAUGCCAUUGAUCCAAGAUGCAACAAGCUAUUCAAUGAAGCCAUGAAGAGCCAUUCAGUGAUUGUAAUGAAUGGAAUUCUUGAAAAGUAUAGAGGGUUUGAUGAUGUUAAGGUUCUUGUUGAUGUUGGUGGUGGUGUUGGUGCAACUCUUGCUCAGGUUGUUGCUAAACAUAAACAUAUUAAGGGUAUUAAUUUUGACCUCCCUCAUGUUAUCUCUGAAGCGCUCACUAUUCCAGGUGUGGAGCAUGUUGGUGGGGACAUGUUUGAGAGUGUCCCAAGUGGUGAUGCCAUCCUCAUGAAGUGGAUUCUACAUGACUGGAGUGAUGAGCAUGGACUGAAAAUCUUGAAAAAAUGCUGGAAAGCUCUGCCUGCAAAUGGAAAAAUGAUACUGGUAGAGUACAUGCUUCCAAUGGCCCCAGAAAGCACACAUGCAUCACAAACUGUACUUCAACUGGACAUGAUCAUGUUGGCUAAUAAUCCUGGUGGUAAAGAGAGGAGUGCACAAGAGUUUGAGUCCAUGGCCAAACAAGCUGGUUUUUCAGCAAUGAAACCUCAUUUCAGUUUUGUUGGUGUUUGGCUUAUUGAACUUUAUAAGUAGAUGGUUCUUAUAUUUUGUUGUCUAUCUAUAUCUUUACUUUUAUCGGUUAAUAAAAGAAAUUAGUGUUGAUUUGCACUAGUGAAUAUUGAUGCAAUUUUUUUAUUCUAUAUGUUAGUGAUGGAUGUAGUCCAAUAUUGUAAUGCACUUGUUUGCCUAUAAUAAAGAA